GAGACCGUCUAGUUAAGCUAGGAGAGAGCGGCGGACGUGAAAGGAGCCUCCUCAAAGACCCUCGUAAAGAAGCCGCCGCCGCCGCCGGACGCGAAGGAAGCAAGCGCUUGUCCAUUCGUCCUUCUUUUCCAUUAUUCUGUUGUUUCUCCGGAUCUUCUGGAGCCUUCAAGGGGGCCGCCCUCACCUGAGCCCUAAGCCAAGUCAUGAGCCAAGUCCAGCGCUGGAAUGGCAACUGCGGGAGCAACUGCAGCCGGGUCGAGAUGGUCCCGGAGAUCGCUGCUGCCGUCAGCUUCGUGUCCAGCCUGUUGCGGACCCGCGGCUGUGUGAGCGAGCAGCAGCUUCAGGUUUUCAGCGCAGCUCUGGAAGAGGCGCUCACAGAGCAUUACAAGCAUCAUUGGUUCCCUGAGAAACCUUUCAAAGGCUCUGGCUACCGCUGCAUCCGCAUCAACCAUAAAAUGGACCCUAUCAUCAGCAAGGCAGCUAGCCAGAUCGGACUCAGCCUCCAGCAGCUAUAUCAGCUCCUGCCCAGUGAACUCACACUCUGGGUUGAUCCUUACGAGGUAUCCUACCGCAUUGGUGAGGAUGGAUCCAUCUGUGUUCUGUAUGAAGGGUCUGCAGCACCUGUGAGCGCCUAUGGGAUGCUCACUUGCAAAAAUCAGAUGAUGCUGGGGCGCACAAGUCCUUCCAAAAACUACAUGAUGACCGUCUCCAGCUAAGCAUUCCCAGUUGUCCUUACACUGCCAAGAGCUGGGCUACUGUAUACCUCACCUGAGGAUGUAUUUUUUAAAAAAUGAAGAGCUAUUUAUAUUUUUUUAAAAAAGAGAGAAAACCCAAAAUGAAAUCCAAUAGCAGGCACCACUCUUCUAUGGAGUGGUGUUGAGGUGCCUUUUUAAAGCUGUUGCAAGCUUGCAAGUUUAUUUAAAAAAAGGAAGCAGAAAGAAAAUGCCAUUAUCUACCUAAUUAGUGUUGGAUGACAAUUCUGGAGGGUUGACCUGCCUAUAUGGGAAAUGCAGGGUUGGAAAUAAAAGUCAGGGGGUGGGGCAGGGCACAGCACUUUUAAGCAGUGACUAACUAUGGGGCAAAUGCAACAACUGUGAAUCUUCAGGCUGUAAUGCCAAAAGGGUAGUACUUAACUGAUGACCCAUACAUGCUGAUUAAGAUGCCAUGCUCUCAUUCUGGUCUAGGUGUUUUUCUUUUCUCAGUUGCUGUCUUUUCAUUUCAUUACACUAGUAAGUUGCUUCAUCACAACCAUCACAUCCCCUAUCCAAAGUAAGCUGCUGUUUCUGCUUUUUUUUAAAUGGCAUAAGCAUUGUGUUAAAACACACUCAGUCACGAUGAUAGCCACUCUGAUCCAUUAGCCUGUGGGUUUCUAAGUGCUGGUCCAUCAUUUCUCUUUCUCCCUCAUACAUACACACAAACACAUAUCUGCACACAAACAGAUACAUACAGAAACAAUGUUUCUCGCACAAUUCUUCACUCCAUCCUGCAUUUCAUGCUCAUGAUAAAAUUCCAGUUGGAAUGUGUAGUUUCUAAAAUCAUAAGGAACUUUCAUUGGGAAAGAAAUCCAGGAUCUGGCUACCUAAAUCCCUGGCUUGUUAUUCUAGCAGUCAGCUCUCAUAAACAAAAGUGCAAUGGCCAGGCCAGUGUGAACUGAAUCUUCCUGCUAGGAAAAUAUGCCUUCACCAGGGUUUUGUCUAUUCUACUGCCUUUAUCUUGACCUUGUAACUUUCCUGACAAUGCUGCCAAUAACUGCUGAGAAGUGAUUACAAAACCAGGGCACUUAAACUGUGUUUUCUUUUUUUGAAAUCUAUCUUCUUGGAUCUGCUUCAGAGCACAUGGCACAGUUGGCUUCUGUCCUGUACAGGCAACUGUUUUGCAUCCAUCGCCAGAGCUGCUGCUCCUCUGCCUUUUGUGAAUUGAGUUCUCAGACACUGUGCAAUAUGUUUCUUAAAAUUUGGGCACUCUGGAGGAGGAGCAGUUUCGGUGCGACAGUUUCCUGUUCUUGAAGCAAAUAUCUCUUUUGUCCUUUCAAAGCACUGCUCAUACAAUUCCUACAAUGUCCUUGAGUGCACAAAUGUUUAAACUGGGAAGCUGCAGUCUACAAUGCCAUACCAUUUAAAGGGUAUGGCAGCUUUUUGUACAGAAAAGGUGAAGACCUUGUAUUUUUUUUUAAAAGGCCUAAUCUGCAAGAGAGGUCUUCCCAUUGAAAUGUCUGGGUAGAAAUCAUUUAGUUUCCUUCAUUUAAAAAUGUGAAGCUCUUGUUUUAGAGCUUAGCCCCAACAUUCAGCAAAUCCAAUUACAGCAAAGCACUAAAAGUCCCUAUAAGCUAAAAACAAAAAGCGCUGCCACUCCGUUAGCAUACAUGCAAUCUUUGGCAGCAUGACAAGAGGAAUACUUUCUGCACUGUAGCUUCCCCUUCCAAGAAAUACUGUUCAAAGUCUGCCUGGGAGCCUUGUUGCUUAUCUGGUGCAUCAAAAACAUAAUGAGUUGGAACUGUAACAUAUCCAGGAAAAACAAAAUUGUUUUGCUACACUCCCUGUCUUCACUUGUUAUUUCCCAAAUGCCAGUAACUUGUUUCACUUGCCAAGUUGGCCUGAUCAAUGCAACACUGUUUAAAGGUAUCUUGCUUGUUCCAUCUUAUUUUCUUACCAACAAAGGGUGCUUCUACAAAUGAAAUUUGUAGACCUUUUCCUUUGGUUCCCCCCCACCCCACCCCCCAGUGUCCUUGGAUAGUUGAUGAGGAAACACCAAAUAUCAUGCUAUUAUACCUGGCAUGGAAUCUAGUAUUAAGAUUGUUUUGUUGUUAGCAUUAAGACAACCAAAUCUGGACAGAGUCUGUUUUGUAACUCGUGCAUGUAAAAGCUGUGAAUUGAUGUAUGAUCUUUGUUGCCUUCAGAUUACAAGCCUGACACAACCAGUGCUGGAGAACUGUGUCUUAGGAGCAGCCUAUGAGUGUGUGCGUGUGUAUGUGUGUCCUUUUUCUCCUCUGCAAAACUUGAGCUGGACUGUUGAGUGGGACCUUGUUUCAUAAUUGGUGAAAAUAAUGAGAACAUUUGUAAGCUAUUUUGUGUUGGGGAGGGAUGAUUAUUGUACAAUAGUGUUUUUAUAUGCAAAAUGUACAGAUAUAUUGGAAAAUGUACUUUUGUUACUUUAAUAAAAAUGUAGCAAUUCUAUAUGUUGCUGGAAAUA